CUUCGAGUGUCUUGAACUGCGUGCUCUUCGCUGGCGGUGCCACAUUGGAACCAGCCGCGUCGUAUAUAUCGGGUCUUCGCUCUGCGUAUCGGGCCGUCCCCUACGCGAGAUGCAGUUCCUCGGCGCGUCGCUCGCGCUGUUCGCUCUCCUGAGCGUGGCCAACGCCAAGGUGUACGGCCGCUGCGAGCUCGCUUCGAUUCUCGUGCGCAACGGGAUCCCCAGGAGUAAAGUUCCCGAUUGGAUCUGCUUGGCACAGGCGGAGAGCUCUCUGAAUUCCAAGGCUGUCAACAGGAACCGAAACCGUAGCAUUGACUAUGGCAUUUUCCAGAUCAACAACGGCUAUUGGUGCAGUCCGGGACCGCACAACGAAUGCAGGGUCUCAUGUUCCGCCUUGAAGUCGGAUAACAUCGGCCCGUCCAUCAAGUGCGCGAAGCAGAUCUACAAAAGACACGGAUUCAAUGCAUGGUACGGAUGGAAGCGCAAGUGCAAGGGGAAGAAGCUCUCGUCCUACGUCAAGGGAUGCCGCUAUUGAUC